AUGCUAAAGUACAACGCCACUCAAAUGUUCAUUGUGGCAUUCGAUGCUGCUCAGCUGCCCUCCCCUUCCCCGUCCUCAGACUCUAAUGCCACCAAUGACCUCAAGGAACGGCUCCUCUCCAUACUAUUGUACAAGGUGAUCAAGUACAACAAUGUACGAGCAUUCAAUCAUCUACUCAAGCAGUGUAUCAAUGGUAUCCUUCCAUUGUCCAUGGACUAUAAGAGCAAGGACAAGAUGGUAUCUUACAUAUUCAAACAUGGCAAUGUUGACAUGUUCAACGCGUACCGCCAGAUGUACAACCAUCACAUAAUGUCAACAAAGAGGUGUGGCAAGUCCUACCUAUCACACCUCAUGCCCGCCAUCAACACGGGCAACGUACAUGUCAGCAUGCUCAAGAUGUUGCAUGAUGAGUACGAUCUACUUUAUAAUGAUAAUAGAGGAGAAGGUAUCAUUGAUUUAUGGAUGAUCCUUCUGAUGCACUCAAUCAAGUCAAACCAGACAGAUAGUGUACGAUACAUAAUGGAACACAUUGCAUCAUCACCAUCAGCACAUCAAGUCCACUCGUCACACCUGAAGAGGUCUUUAAGUAGGUGUAGUGAUAGCAUUGGCAAGAAUGGCAAUGUGGACAUCUUGGACGCACUGUGCUCCCAUCCCAAGUGCCUCAGCGUACUCUUCAAGAAGGACUACGACAUCAUAUCAUUGCUCAACAGGGCAGCUGAUCAUAGACAUGCUGAGCUGAUCAAGCACAUCUACUCAACAUACUCCCAACACAUUGAUCGAUGUCCCGAUGUAAAGCCUGUGAUUCAUAGUAUGUUUGAGGAUGGCGAGACAAUGAGUCGACUGAGGGUCACACCUGAUGCAGCCAUACUCAGUGAUGACCUGGACGCCACAGAGACAUUGAUCGAUAUGAUAUGUCCAAUGAUGAAUACCAUGAUGUGGUCGUUCUUAUCCGAGAGAAUGGCUAUGUACUUGACUAAAGCACGACAUCCAUCAUUGAGGUUCAAUCAAUUGCAAUUGGUUGAACUCAUUCGUGCCAUGGACAUGCCUGGCAGUAGCAUCACCGAGGCGAUCAUACAUCGAUUCAUUGAUAACUGCAUCAUUGAGAGGUCUCAGUACUACUCUCAUGCUGAUGCUGAUGGUGAUGAUGAUAAUGAUCACCUGGACGAUAUCUACUGUGCACUGAGGCAAGCAACAAGUGUAUCACCAUCACUUGUACAGCAUAUCUGUGUUGCAUUCAAACUCAAACCCCGGCCCGACUACAAACUUAGUCUGAACACAGAAGUGUUGUUGCUAGCGUUGAAGAUGGCCAACUUUGAUCAACUCUCCAUUGCCUUCCAACUCAUUGAUAGAGAUAUGAUCGGGAUAUUGAUGUCAGAUGAAUGCACAAAGAAGAGUAUUCUAAAGUUGGCCAAGAAGCUCAUAUCAAGCGGCUCCCUGGAUGUAGUCACUCUCAUAUUGAACAAAUUGCCCUGGAUCAAACUUGACCCUGUAAUAUGUCAUUGGGCUACCUCCAACUAUAAUACGGAUGUAUUCCAUUAUGUGUUGAGACUGUUCCCUAAAGGUGAACUAGGUGUGAACAUCAUCUUUUACAAUCUAAGCUGUCGGGCAUACGUCAAAGACACAGCUCAUUUAAUAGUACCGAUACUCAAUCAAAUGGCAAAGUCAUGGCAACUGACUAUCUCAAACGAAACAUUACAAAAGUCUGCAACAAACAAUGCCUAUCAUUCCUUGGAUUAUCACUUUGGAACACCAAUGUUCAACGAGUUGUCCAAAUCAAGUACCCUCCACUCAAUCCUCAUCCAUGCCUACGAACUUGGUUACACGACCAUAGUCAAGAAAUGCAAUGCAAUGAUCAAUGACAUUCAAUCAAUCAAGAAGAGGACACAUGAUGAGAUGGAUAUAUUUGAGAAUGUGAUCGGUCACUUGGAUGAAGUCCAGCAUGUCCAUAACAAGAAAUUUGAUUGA